AAUAGUAAAGAUUUAAAUAGUGAUUUUAUAGUAAAGAAACAGAGUCAUAUCUCAGUAUAUUUUAAUAAUAAUAAAUACAUUAAAUAGAUUUUUUUCUUUAUUUGCUUUAACUUAUUUAAAAAAAAAAUAUAUAUAUAUAUAUACAUAUACAUAAAAUAUGAGUGAGAAAAUGUUACCAUUCUAUGUAUCUGGUUCAGUGGUUCGAGGUUUUGGUAGAGGCUCUAAAGCAUUGGGUAUUCCUACAGCAAAUCUUCCAGAAUCAGUUGUUGAUUCGUUACCUGAGAAUUUUAAUACUGGCGUAUAUUACGGUUGGGUAGCUUUAAAUGGAACGAUAUAUAGAAUGGUUGCAAGUGUUGGAUGGAAUCCAUUUUAUAAAAAUGAGAAAAAAACAUUUGAAGUUCAUAUAUUAGAAAAAUUUACAAAUGAUUUUUAUGGAGAGGAACUUAAGGUAAUUGUUACCGGUUAUAUAAGACAAGAAAAAGAUUUUACGUCAGCAGACGAAUUGAUCAAAGAAAUUAAAAAUGAUAUUGCAAUUGCUGAAAAAGAAUUAGACAAACCAAAUAUGUUAAAAUAUAAAUGUGAUAUU